AUGGAAUACACAAAACUCAAUGUUCAGGAUGAAGAUGGCAAUGGCCAGAAUGCUCUUUCAGUGACUAACAAUGUGCCCACUUUGGGAGGUACCACCAUUCAUUGGUCCAAAUGGAAGCUCAAGAUCAUUGUGAUAGUUGCAUUGACACUUCUUACGAGUUCGCAAAGCAUACUUAUUGUGUGGUCUAAGAGAAAUGGCAAUUUGGUGGAGACUUUGAAAUGUGGGUUAUCACUUUUAGCCUUAGCAAGAAUAUGGAGAAGUGAAGGUGUUAUUAAAGAUAACAGAUCUGAUGUUUUCCAAACUCCUGCUCAAGGUUGGGUGAUGGCCAUUGUCAUGGCACUCCUAAGUGGUUUGGCAGGAGUGUACACUGAGGGGAUUCUUCUAUGGAUACUCAUUUAUUACAGUUCUCAUGAUUCUCAACCAAGCACUAAGAUAGAAAGUUUUCUAUCAAACAGCAAUAAUUAUAUAAAUAAAAUCUUGUUAGGCCGUCUUGAAAAUCCAAUUGCCCAUAGACUGAUUGAAAUGCUACCUUUGUGCAGUGGCCUUGCUGUAUCUAUGGUAAUGAAGUAUGCUGACAAUAUUGGGAAGGUAUAUUCUACUUCAGUGGCAAUGCUUUUCACAACAUUUGUCUUGUACUAUUUAUUUGCAUUUGACAUUUCAUAUGCCUUCGUCUUUGACACAACGUAUGUUAAUUCUGGUUACAUGGUUCAUUUCCCUCCUAUCGUGGUGAUAGUCUCUGUAUAUCUACAUGCUAUUGGGAAGCAAAGAUAA